GCAUAUGGCACCCUCCCGCGCCCCGUCCACGCCGCAUGCGACGCGCUCACCGACCGCAUUGAGGCGAGCCCGGAUAGGUCCAUCAAGCUCGACAUGGCAGGCAUGCUCGCGGACGCGCGUCAGCGCGUCGCGGUGUUUGUGCACGUCGAGCACGACGAGCUCGUGCUCGUCCCGAACACGUCGCACGGCGUUGCGACGGUUUUGCGGGGCUUUGAGUGA